AUGGAACACCAUUCAGAGCAGCUUCACAGUCUUCUUGGUGGGUCCCACGACAAGACAUUUCAAACAAACAUAUCGUUGCAGAAGUUGAUCUUCGAAGCGGCUCAAAAGAAGCAAAGCGUCCAAAAGAUGCCGCAGACAAGACUUUCCUGGAGGUUCGAGGCAAACCCCAGAAAAAGAUCUGGCAAAGCAACAGACAGCCCAACUGAGACAUCCUGGCACGCAUCAAACGCCACCGUAGAUCUGCGCCAUUUCCAACUGGGUGAAACAGAUGGUCGACUUGUACAGGCUAGGCUACUCACCCCAGGCAUGAUUUUGUCGACAGAAGGUUUACACAAGACAUCCAGUCAGUGCCUGUCGUUAUGA